AUGGCCACGGAAGGGGAGAACCAGACGGCUACAAAACCUGAGAAUAUCGUGACCAGGGUCACCAACCUGCCCUUGGUCAGCUCUGCGUACGACGUUUGGUCCUCCAUGUACGAGUAUGCCAAGAAGACCUACCCCUGCGUCAACACCGCCUGCAACAUCGUCGAGAUGGUGGCCGCCGUCGCCGUGGGCAGUGCCCGAGGGGGUGCCCGGCCUCUCCUGCCCCACCUUGAACCCCAGAUUGCAACCAUGAACGACUAUGCUUGCAAGGGUUUGGACAAGCUGGAGAAAAAACUGCCAAUUCUUCAUCAACCAACUUACCAGGUCUUUGAAGACGGCGUCACCUUGACCAAGACGGUGGUUUCUUCCACCGUCCAGGCGGCCGGCGAAGCCAAGGGCCGCGUGACCCAGAAAGUGACCGCCGCUGUCAGCCUGACCAAGGACAUUGUCCAGGACAGCAUCACCUUGACCAAAUCCGUGGUGAACUCCACCGUCAGCACGGCCCGGAGCGCCGCCAGUGGAGCCAAGGGUCUCAUGACUCACCGGGCGGCUGACGUGGUCAAGCUGGGCAAGCAGACCCUCAAUGAAGGCGUUGACCUGACCCGAUCGGUAGUGUCCACCACGGUCAACGCCGCCCGUCAAAUGCAGAGCUCGGGGGCUCUCCAGGAAGGGGUGGAGAUGGCCACGUUGUUCCGGCAAGCCGUGGCCAGCGGGGUGGACACCAUGUUGGAUAAGACGGAGCAGAUGGUGGACUAUUAUCUUCCUGUGUCUGAAGAAGAGCUCGCCCAGCUGGCCACGGAGGUCCACGGCGUCAGCCAGGCCGCCAUCGACCAGCAGCAGAGGGAGCAGAGCUAUUUCGUCCGCCUGGGGUCCCUCUCCAGCAAACUCCGUUCCCGGGUCUACCGACAUUCCCUGAACCGGCUUCAUGUGGUCCAGGAAAACACUCAGGACAUGCUCGCCCAGCUCCAGCAUGUGAUUAACCUGGUCGAGCCGUUGACUUUGGCCAUGUUGCGAUCCCUCAUCCAAGACCUGAGUCCUGCUUACACCUGGCUGAUGUCCACCGUGGAAGUGCUGCCCAGGAACCUCCGGGAAAGAGUGGACCAGACUCAGAGUAACUUCCAGCAGCUCCAUCGCUCCUUCUCUUCCGCCGAGUCCUUCCGGGAUCUGCCCUCCGGCCUCCUCACCCAGAGCCAGGAGGUGAUCUCCCACGCCCGAGAGGUUCUCCACACGUUGGCCGAACACCUCAUCCAGAUCACCCCUCUGAAUUGGAUCGUGGGGCCCUUCCGAUCCCAGGAAGGAGGAUCCGGGACCCCCCGGGAGGAGAGCAGGACAGUGCAGCUGAAGGAGACAGGCAAAGAGGCCAGGGCACCCUCGUUGGAGAAGGUGGCAGCUAAGAGGGCAAAGAGGAUGGAGAAGGCAACUGAGGAGGACCCGGGAGAGUCCACAGAGGCGAUGGGGGCCUUGAAGGAGCUGUUAGCGGGGUCUGAGAAGGCCCCCCAAGAGAAGAACUAG